AGUUCCAGUGAGACGUCAACUCCGCCACUCCGUUACUCCGAGACCCAGAUUUUGCUGCCCAGACAUGGUAUUGUAUAUGCCAAUAAUGAGCUGGGCAAUUUACUAGAUCUACAUUGCGACUAUGCGGGCUGCCGUACGACGUCGCCUGGGGAGGGGCAACCACUGAUAUCACGGUAUCACGGUAUCACGGUAUCACGGUAUCACGGAUCACGGAUCACACAGCGUGCGCGAUAUUGGUGAUGGGCUCGGAGGUGCUCCGCCUGCUAUUGACUCGGUGAUGGACGGGUUACAUAUGGCUCUUACAUAGCCAUUACGACGAUAAUCGGGUCGGAGUGUUCUUUGCCAGGUAGGAGAUAAAUUUGCUGGCUGGUCACCUACCUAAGUAAGGCGUUUUACCACCUCGAAACAAACCGAGGAGAAAAUGGCGGACUCGUUACCAAAGACCUUCAAGGCCGGCGUCCUAACGGGGAAAAACGUACCCAUCGAAUUCCAGGAUAGAGAGCUAAAGCUGCCGGGCCCUGGUCAGGUCCUUGUCAAAAUACUCGCCUGCGGAGUGUGCUUCUCGGACGUCUGCGCGCAACGCGGCGAGUACGGCGACGAUGUGUAUCCACGCGUCCCGGGACACGAGCUCGUUGGCGAUAUUGUUGCUAUCGGUAGCAACGUGACGAGGUUUAAGGGGGGCGAGCGAGUAGGUGGGCCAUGGCAUGGAGGCCACGACUGGACAUGCCGCCAGUGCGCGCGCGGCCAAUUCCAAAUGUGCGAUAACCAGGAAAUCAACGGCGUUAGCCAGGACGGUGGAUAUGCAGAGUAUACACUCCUUCGAGAAGAAGCCGUCGUGCGCGUGCCCUCAGACGUAGAUCCAGCAGAAACCGCGCCAUUACUCUGUGCUGGCGUCACCGUCUUCAACUCGAUGCGUAAGAUGCACAUAGAACAGGGCAACAUGGUAGCAGUCCAGGGGGUCGGCGGCUUGGGGCACUUGGCCGUACAAUACGCGAACAAGAUGGGGUACCACGUCGUGGCCAUCAGCUCCGGCGACUCGAAGCGCAAGUUCGCCGAGCAGCUCGGCGCGCAUAGCUACAUCGACGCGAGCGAGGAGGACCCAGUCCAAGCCCUGCAAGCAUUAGGGGGCGCAGCGAUGAUAGUGUCCACAGCGCCGAAUGCAGCUGCUAUCAGCCCAUUAGUCGGCGGGCUGCAGGCUGGCGGGAAAUUGCUGGUGCUAGGCCCGCCGCACGAUCCCGUACCGUUCAAUACGCUGCUGAUGAAUCUCAAGAGCUUGUCCGUGCACGGCUGGUCAAACGGACACGCGCUGGAUUCCGAGGAGGCGAUUCGGUUCUCGGUUGAUCAUGGUGUGAAAUGCUGGGUUGAGAAGUAUCCGCUUGCGGACGCGGCGAAGGCGAUGGAGUCGUGUGCGGCGAAUAAGGCCCGGUUUAGAGGCGUGUUGGUUCCGUGAGAGGGGGUUAAGAGAUGCGUAUUGUGAGCGUUGAAUAGAGUGACGGAAGAAUAUUAGGUAGGUAGUUAUGUUUAAAAGGAGAUUAGUUGUGGAAUUAUUAGCAAGAUGGAAAAAAGGGUUAAGUCUAUGAUACAAUACGAUACGAUACGAUACGAUACGCCACUCUCAAUUCAUAAUAACGGGUAUAGAAAUAAAAAGAAAGAAAAAACAAUUGUCAGUA